UUUUCCAGCCCCCCCGAGUGAACCUUGUCCCCUGCAUAAUAGUUUUAUAAUGAAGCCGUGCUCCCCGGGCGUAUAACGUUUACAGUUGUUUCCACGCUCCUCUGGGUCAUCCCGGCCUCCCUGGAGAUAACCGAUGUUUGCCCGGGGAUCCUUCUGCAUGAACGCAAACACCAGCCGGCGGCUCGGGAAGAUGAACCUCUCGGCGGCGGACCGGUGCUGCGCCUUCGAGGCGCCCGUCCUGAACCGGUUUCUGCCCCCCGUCCUCAUCCUGGAGUUCAUGUUCGGGCUGAUGGGCAACGUGGUGGCGCUGUGGAUGUUCGUCUUCCACAUGGACUCCUGGCAGCCCAACGCCGUGUACCUGACCCACCUGGCCGUGGCCGACUCCGUGGUGCUGUUCUGCCUGCCCUUCCGCGCCGACUACUACCGGCGGGGGCAGGACUGGCUGUACGGCGACGUUCCGUGCCGCGUGCUGCUCUUCCUGCUGGCGGCCAACCGCGCGGCGGGAAUCUUCUUCCUCACGGCCGUCGCCGUCGACCGGUACCUGAAGAUCGUCCACCCGGGGAACCGGAUCAACCGCAUGGGUCUGGGCUACGCCCUCUGGGUCUCGCUCGGCCUCUGGGGUCUGAUUUUUCUGGCCACCGGGUACCUCCUGGCCAACGAGCACUUCUUCUACAACGGCAACCGCACUCAGUGUGAGAGCUUCAACAUCUGCAUGGGCUUCAGCCCGCUCUCCACCUGGCACAACGCCUUCUACGUCCUCCAGUUCUUCCUGCCCACCGCCAUCGUGGCCUUCUGCACCACCCGGAUCGCGUGGCAGCUCAGGGUCCGAACGCUGGACAAGAAGGGGAAGAUCAAGCGGGCCGUUCAGUUCGUGGCGGCCGUGGCUCUGAUUUUCAUCACCUGCUUCUUCCCCAGCACCGUCUCGCGCAUCGCCGUGUGGAUCCUCAAGGUGUGGUACGACGAAUGCAGGUACUUCGAGGAGGCCAACCUGGCCUUCUACACCUCUGUGUGCUUCACCUACUUCAACAGCGUCCUCAACCCGGUGGUGUACUACUUCUCCAGCCCGGCCUUCAGCGGCACCUUCAACAAGCUGCUGAAUAAGCUGCUGCGGCGGCGUGGAGACGGCACGCAGACGGGUGCGACGGAGGACGGGGUCGUCACCGUCGAUGGCGGACGGGAUUAAAGAUGCCGGUUCUCUAAUUAAUGCUGGAGGCACGUUAAAGGUCUGGGUUCUGAUAACGUUAAUAUUAUCCCAGUUUAGAGCUAUAAUAGAAUGCAUGUUCGGCUUUAAUUGUCCACACAAUUACCAACCUUAAAUAAUAAUUAGCAGCUGUGUACUUGUAAACAGCGAACACAAACCCAUGGGAGGGUUUUUAAUUAGAGCAAUUAUUUUGAGAAAGAAAGAAAAGGGAGUUUUAAAAUGCGCUGUGAAUAAUCCAAUGUAUCAGUUAAGUGUUUAUUGUGUUGUACAGUUUAGUUCUUAUACUUUAAAUAGUCAAUCACUCAUAAUCUGCUAACAAGUUGACUGAUUUCAACAUAAAUAUUAUUCGAACAGCCAGAGGGAAGUUUAAAAGGUAGAGAAGAUGCAAGUGAUUCCAACAAGUCCGCGUGUGUAGAUAUUUUUGCACAUUCCCAAUAUUUGUAUCCUGUGAAGUUGUUUUCAGCAAAUAAAUAUUGCAAUAACCAACA